AUGGAUUUCUUCCCAAACCUGUUUCACCUUGUAUUCCUUUGUAUUUCGUUCUCACUCAUCUUCCUCAUAUUUAAACAAAAAUCAACUCGUGCCAAGUUGCCACCUGGUAAAACAGGAUGGCCUGUCAUUGGGGAAACAUUGGAAUUUGCCAUGGCUGGAACCCCAGAGACGUUCAUUAAGGACAGAAUGAGCAAAUACUCGCGAUAUCUCUUCAAAACCUCAAUGUUUGGAGAGAACAUGGCUGUGUUUUGUGGAGCUUCCGGAAACAAGUUUCUGUUCACCAACGAGAAAAAAUAUGUCAUCUCUUGGUGGCCACGUUCCGUGGAAAAAGUUAUGUUUUCUCCCGAAACUCUUGAAAACUUUGUCCCAGAAGAUUAUAUUACAAUACGGAGAGCCAUAGUUGAAUUUCUCAAGCUAGAAGCUCUUCAACAUUUCAUACCUAUCAUGGACUCCAUGGCAAAGGAACACUUGGAGACAAAUUGGUCUCCUUACGGACAAGUCAAGGUUUUGCCGCUUUCAAUGAAGUAUACCUUUGCAUUCGGUUGUAGGUUGUUUAUGAGUAUCACAGAUCGCAACUAUGUGGCAAUAUUGGCUGAUCCCUUUGCGCAGAUCAAAGAUGGUUUAAUGUCUCUGCCUAUAAAUAUCCCUGGCACAUCCUUUAACCGUGCAUUUAAAGCAGGCAAAGUUAUUCACCAGAAGCUUUUAGAAGUUAUCCAACAGAGGAAGAAGGAGAACAGAGAAUAA